AGCACACAAAAGGAAAAUUGCAUUGGAGUGACAAAUUUCUUCCCCGUUCUGUAGGUGUGGUUGAAAAAUUAUCGUUUUUGGAAUAAUUUUGAUUCAAAUUAGUAUCAGAAUUGGUUUUUAACUCAAUUGAAGUCUCGAUUUUAGUAUCCGGGGCAGAUUCGCAAAAGUUGUUAUUUGAAACAGUUGAAAAUGUCCGGAAGAUUACCAGCUUGUGUGAUCGAUGUCGGGACAGGCUACACAAAGCUGGGGUUCGCAGCAAAUAAGGAGCCUCAGUUCAUCAUUCCAUCGGCAAUAGCCAUUAAGGAAACGGCCAAAGUCGGUGAUCAAAGUGCCCGUCGUGUAACAAAAGGAGUGGAAGAUUUAGAUUUUUUCAUCGGUGAUGAAGCGUUUGAUGCCACUGGAUAUUCUGUUAAGUACCCUGUUCGGCAUGGUCUGGUUGAGGAUUGGGAUUUGAUGGAACGUUUUCUGGAGCAGUGUAUUUUCAAGUACCUCCGAGCCGAACCGGAAGAUCAUCAUUUUCUCUUGACGGAGCCUCCUCUAAAUACACCGGAAAAUCGAGAGUACACCGCGGAGAUUAUGUUCGAAACCUUUAACGUACCGGGUUUGUACAUUGCGGUACAAGCUGUGCUAGCUCUAGCCGCUAGCUGGGCAUCCCGCCCAGUAGAGGAACGAACGCUCACCGGAAUCGUUGUCGACAGUGGCGACGGUGUGACUCACGUUAUACCGGUCGCCGAAGGGUACGUUAUUGGAUCGUGUAUCAAACACAUUCCGAUUGCCGGUCGGAAUAUUACUUCGUUCAUCCAAAGUCUAUUGCGAGAGCGUGAGGUAGGUAUUCCCCCUGAACAGAGUCUGGAAACGGCUAAGGCUAUCAAGGAGCGAUUCAGCUACAUCUGUCCAGACAUAGCGAAAGAAUUUGCGAAGUAUGAUGCCGAACCGUCGAAAUGGAUGCGUCAUUAUGAGGGAAUCAAUGCCAUCACAAAGCAACCGUUCGGGGUCGACGUGGGGUACGAGCGAUUCCUGGGACCGGAGAUAUUCUUCCACCCGGAGUUCUCAAACCCCGACUUUACAACACCUUUGUCCGAGAUUGUUGACACUGUAAUCCAAAAUUGUCCAAUAGACGUACGAAGGCCACUGUAUAAUAAUAUUGUACUCAGCGGGGGCUCGACAAUGUUCAGGGAUUUCAGUCGUCGACUACAACGAGACAUCAAGCGUAGCGUGGACGCCCGUUUGAGAAUUAGUGAAAACUUGAGUGAAGGACGUAUAAAGCCAAAACCAAUAGACGUUUCGGUGAUCUCGCAUCAUAUGCAAAGAUACGCCGUUUGGUUCGGUGGAAGCAUGUUGGCAUCAACGCCCGAAUUCUACCAGGUUUGUCACACGAAAGCUGCCUACGAGGAGUAUGGACCAGGCAUUUGCCGCCACAAUCCAGUAUUCGGUACCAUGACGUAGUUCUUUUUUUCUAAUUUGCACUAUACUAAGUAAAGAAAAGAGAACAUGCCUAAAUGCAUGCAUACAUAACACAAACAUUUGAAUAAUGCAGAAAAAUAGGGUUGCUUUUCAACUGGAUAGCAAAGAAUAACAAACAUCAUUCCUUCGAAAAAUUUCCGAAACAAAUUGUGCAAGUAAAUGAAGCUUUUCAGAUUUUGUAUUAUUAUUUUUUUUGGUUGGUUUUACUUUUCACUGUCGGUUAAUUUUUAUAAUUUUGAUAUGCAGCAUCGAAGAAACAUUCAUUUUUAUGAUGCAUGAUUUUUCAAAAUUGAAGAAACUAAGAAACACACAAAAGCAAAGCAAUGGGACUACGAGCUCAGGCCAAGAGCAGAUAUUUUAAGCCAAACAACAGAAGUAUUGUCUUGCGAGUAAAUACUGCAUUUAAUGGAACGAUUAAUGAACUUUUAUAUCUUGUUUUGUUUUACUUGUUGAUUGAGUGAUAUAGAAAAAUACGAGUAUGUAAAAAAAUGUUCGCAUUAUGUAGAGCACACAAACGAAGGUCUGCCGACUUAAAGGAACUCAACUUGAAUGAACAAUCGCGAUUAUCUAUGAAUAUAUAAAUCAAAUGUGUAAACAAAAAUUAGAUAAUAAAGUUCGAGUCAACAA